ACUACCACUUGUCUGCUGCCGUGCUUGACGGAGCCACAGAUGGCAGCACUUACAACGUGUGAGGGUGUCGGUUAAGCGGAGCGCCGCCGCUUCCUCACAGCUCAGAGCGCACCGGUCAUCCCCGCUGCAGUCACCACCCGGAACCCGUUGCAGUUCUGAGUAACUCACAGAGUGACGAUGGCAGACAGCUCACACUGUUUCUACUGUCGGGAAGACCUCGGGGGAAAGAGGUUCGUCCGCAACGAAGGCAGGCCCGUGUGCGUCCGCUGCCACACGAAGUUCUGCGCCAACACCUGCGCCGAGUGCCAUCGACCCAUCCCUGUGGAGUCAAAGGAGCUCAGCCAUAAGGGCCGGUACUGGCAUGAGGAGUGUUUCCGUUGUGCUAAGUGUUACAAGCCUCUGGCCAAGGAGCCCUUCAGCACCAAGGAUGAUCGCAUCAUGUGCGGCAAGUGCUGCUCCAGAGAAGAUGCUCCACGCUGCCAUGGCUGCUAUAAACCCAUACUGGCUGGAACGGAAAGCGUGGAGUACAAAGGGAACUCGUGGCACGAUGAGUGUUUUACCUGUUGCAGCUGUAAACGACCAAUAGCAUCGCAGAGUUUCCUCUCAAAAGGAAAUGACAUUUAUUGCAACCCCUGCUAUGACAAGAAGUUUGCCAAGCACUGUGUCAGCUGCAAAAAGCCCAUAACCUCUGGAGGAGUGAACUAUCAGGACCAGCCAUGGCACAGCCACUGUUUCGUGUGCAGCUCCUGCUCAAAGCCUCUGGCGGGGGCUAGUUUCACCAACCACCAGGACCAGGUCUUCUGUGUCGACUGCUACAAGAGCUGUGUGGCAAAGAAAUGCAGUGGCUGCCAAAUGCCCAUCACAGGUUUUGGCAAAGGCGUGAACGUGGUGAACUAUGAGGGCAGCUCCUGGCACGAAUACUGCUUCAACUGUAAGAGAUGCUCCCUCAAUCUGUCCAACAAGCGUUUUGUUACCAAGGGGGGAGACAUCCUGUGCCCUGACUGUGGCAACAAGUAGACACGGACAGCCUGGAUGCUACCUGACAGCAGUUUACGCAGUCGUUAUGUUCUUUUUUUCUUUUUCUAUCAAGGCCAGAAGCUACAUUUCCAUAUACUGUUUGAUAUCAGUUAUGUUUUUGGGAGAUUUUUCCAAAGUGAUGGAAACACUGGGACCAAAAUGUAAUCUGUAUCCGCUGUUGUUGAUUGUUUGCUGCAUGUUAACAUUAAAACCUAUGCUGUGCCGAGUGAUGGUAAUGAAAACGUGAGGAGUGAGGGCCUAAAAGAGAAAUAGUAUGUAGCUGAGGAAAAAAAUAAAUAAAUAAAUAUUUUUUUUUAUAACCAAACUUAUAUCUGUAUUUGUAAUUGCCAGUUGCAAAGGGAUUACGAUGCUUAAUGUAUGUUUUCAGUAAACUUUUAUGCACUUUUCUUACUCAUUUUUGUCUACCGAGGAAAGACGAAACAUAAGCCUUUAUGUGUUGCAAAAAUAAACUUUCUACAAAACUGA